AUGCAAAAUCUAGGGUUGUUGCUGUACGAGCAAUCUUUCCCUUUGGUUCCUAUUGUUCGAACGCCUUGUUAUGAUCAUCCGCUUAUCGAAUCUUCUUUAAUAAUUUCAAUUUUGGCGACUUAUCUAGUUAAACCUGAGUUGACAUUUUCUGAUGCGGUUGAACUCUAUCCCAAGCAUGUUUCAAAAGAUGCAAAGACUGGAAAGGAAGUGACUGACUGGUUAAAUAAAUAUUUUGUUAUGUGGGGCGAUACAAAACUUGAUGAUGGACAAAUGCGGGAUGUUAGAGACGAACGUGAAUGGCGCGAAUGGGUCGACACUCAUUUUGUUCAUUUAAUCUCUCCAAAUGUUUAUCGCACUUGGUCCGAUUCAUUGGCAACAUUUCGUUGGUUUGAACAGGUUGGUGAAUGGGAACGCAAUUUUCCAACGUGGGAGAGAGUUUUGGCUGUUUAUGUAGGUGCUGCAGCAAUGUGGGGGAUUUCGAAGAGAUUGAAAAAGCGGCAUCAUAUUGUUGACGAACGCGAGGAGAUGCGGAAAGCUUUUGACAAAUUUAUGAAAGCAAAAGGACCAGAAAGGAAAUUUAUGGGAGGUGAACAGCCUAAUUUGGCUGAUUUGGCACUUUUUGGGGCUUGUAAUUCCUUUUAUGGCUGUAUUGCAUUUUCUGAAAUGUGUCAAUAUGACAAACGACUUGUUGAAUGGUUUGAAGCAAUGAAUUUGGCUGUUAAAGAAGCGAGAGGAAAGAAAUUGCUUGAAGCAAAAUGUAAAUUUGUAAAAGAAGGGAAAUAAAAUUUGAAAGUUAGUUUU